GGAUGUUUGGCCUUCUUUUGUUUUGUUUCCCUGCAAAUUGUUAUUAUUCACGUAUUUUUGUCAAGUUGGCAUUGCAAUGUCAUUUAAAGCAGAGACUUUGACUAAUUCAUCAUAAAAUGACACACGAUUCCCAAACUGGCAUUUCCGUUUUAGAGGAAGAUGAUAUUUUAUCUAGUAAAAAUAAAACCAACAAUGUCAAUAAACCAGAACUUACCAAAAGAGGGGUGAUUUUAAUAUUAGGAACGUUUGGGGGAUUAUUUGCAGGAAUUUAUGCUGUUGCUACUCCAUUUGUUUCACCAGCAUUGAGAAGAAUAUGUCUACCAUUUGUUCCAGCUACUCCUCUUCAAAUUCAAAAUGUUUUUACGGCAUUAACUAAACGAACUGGAUCAUUGAUUGAUAUAGGAAGUGGAGAUGGUAGAAUUGUUUUAGAUGCAGCACGACAAGGAUUUAAAUCAAGUGGAGUUGAAUUAAACUACUGGUUAGUUUUGUACUCAAAAUAUACAGCAUGGAAAAAUGGUCUUUCUCCACAAGUAUCUUUUUUCAGGAAGGAUUUAUGGAAGACAUCUCUGUCUCAGUAUGAUAAUGUUGUUAUUUUCGGUGUGGAACAGAUGAUGUCAAAGCUAGAGGAGAAAUUAGACAAAGAACUGGUAGAAGGAAGACAUGUUGUGGCAUGUAGAUUUCCAUUUCCAACAUGGCAACCCGCGAAAACAAUAGGAAGUGGUGUUGAUACAGUUUGGUUGUAUAUAAAAGGAAGAGAAAAACUUUGUAAAGAUAACCAUAAUAAUCCAGUCUGAUAUUUAUUAAAAAUGUUUUGAAGUGAUGUUAUUUUUAUUAUCAGACUAUUUGAGGGUCAGUGUGUUUAAGAAAGAAUGGCUCUUUCCUACAUGUGAUGAAAUAGAUGACAGUGUGUUAACCCUGUAAUGCAAUUUGUUACACAAAAAUAGUGUUCUUUAAUGCAAAGAAUUAGAGCACAAAAGUGAAGCCAACAGUAAUGGUUCUUUCCUACAUGUGAUGAAAUAGAUGACAGUGUGUGCCAUGAACCCUGUAACACAAUUUUUUACACCAAAAUAGUGUUCUUUAAUGCAAAGAAUUAGAGGACAAAAGUGAAGCCAACGGUAAGAUGUUCAUGGUGAGAUACAUACAGACAACAUUAAUCGGGAAUAUCCAUGAGUUAGACUAUAUUAUAUUUGGAUGAUAUACUUCAUGUAAUUGAUCUUGCAAUAGUGAAGUGUUAAAAAGUUACCCUUUUACAUUGCAGAUGACAGCAUUAAAUUAAAACAUAGAAUAAUAAAAGGAUUUUAUUUUCAGAUACA